CCUGGAAGAAGAAGGUGAUGACGUCAUCUAGCGCGCGCUCUGCUAGCGUCGAGUCUCGUGAGGCGAACAGUUCGCGGUUGUUCACGUGUUUACUUUAUUGUAAAACACACUUAACAGUUUAAGCAACAAAGAGACUCAUCAAUAUUAUCAGCUGAUGAAAAUCCUUUCCAUUUGUUUAUUUUUGUACAAGAUUUAAAUUUGCUCCUCCUUCAGGGAAGCUCCUCCCACAACAAUCACAUCUUCAGUGAAGCUCCUCCCACAACAAAUCACACCUUCAGUGAAGCUCCUCCCACUGCAGUUCAUCAAUAAAUGCUGGAAUAUUCCAAUCAGUCUACAAGUGAAGAGGAGCAUCAAAUCAUCAGGAAAAGGUGAAAUCUGCAGAGACAGAUUUUAUUGAAGAACAGAGAGAACAUGAAAGAUCCAGAACCCUGCAGAACCAAACACACUGAAGAACAAUCAGAGUUAAUUGAAGAAAACAAGGAGCAUGACAAACUGAAUAAAGGGAAGGACAAACAUGUCAAAACUGGAGAAAACUCUUUAAGUCACUCUCAAACCAAACAGAAAGAUUUAAAGAAGAGAAGAGAUGAGAAAUCUUUCAUCUGCACUCAGUGUGGAAAGAGUUUGAGAAGCAAACCUGGUCUUAAGAAUCAUAUGAGGAUCCACACUGGAGAGAAACUGUUCACAUGUGAUCAGUGCGGGAAGAGUUUCACAGAAUCAUCAAACUUUAAGAAACACAUGAACAUCCACACUGGAGAGAAACUGCAUGAAUGUGAUCAGUGUGGAAAAACAUUUUUGUGGUCCUCAGUACUGAAGAAUCACCUGAAAAUUCAUUCAAAGGAGAAACCACAUUCAUGUUCUUUGUGUGGAAAGAGUUUUUCACAACUGCAGAGUUUAAAAGUACAUCAGAAGAGACACGCUGGUGUGAGAGAAUAUAAAUGCUUUGAUUGUAAGAAGACUUUUAUUACAGCUCCACAUUUGAAGCGGCACCUGAUGAUCCACACUGGAGAGAAACCGUAUCACUGCACUGUAUGCAGGAAGAGUUUCAAUCAAUCAUCUAAUCUACGCGUUCACAAAAAGAUUCACAGUCAGUAGAUCAUCUUCAGAUCCAACACUUUCAGGUCUGAUGUCUUUUCCUCACCAAACGUGACACAAUAAUGCGUCAAGCAUCUUCUUUGUAAAUCUGUCCUAACAAGCAAACAUUAUCAAGUCACAGUGAAUAAAGUUCAUCUUCAAGACCCCA